CUCGCGCCCACUCCUAGAUUGGGGUGGGAGGUGGUGCUGCAUCCCGGAGGGUCAGAGAUGGCAGGAUUAGAGCGCAUAUUAUGCAGGCAAAGGCCCAGCGAGUGAGGACGCUUGCUCAAGGGCACCCAGCGAGAGCCUUCCCGCCGCCCAGAAAGCAGGCCACACGCAACCCAGCUGUACCAGCAUGUGCCAGAGACUCGCUGGCCAAUCGUGUACUCUCCGCGCUACAACAUCACCUUCAUGGGCCUGGAGAAGCUGCACCCCUUCGACGCCGGGAAAUGGGGCAAAGUGAUCAAUUUCCUGAAAGCACGCUGGUGGAGGCACGGGAGGCCUCGGAGGAGGACCUGCUGGUGGUGCACACGAGGCGCUAUCUCAACGAGCUGAAGUGGUCCUUUGCUGUCGCCACCAUCACAGAGAUCCCCCCUGUCAUCUUCCUCCCCAACUUCCUGGUGCAGAGGAAGGUCCUGAGACCCCUUCGGACCCAGACGGGAGGAACCAUCAUGGCAGGGAAGCUGGCCGUGGAGCGAGGCUGGGCCAUCAACGUGGGGGGUGGCUUCCACCACUGCUCCAGCGACCGCGGCGGAGGCUUCUGCGCCUACGCGGACAUCACACUCGCCAUCAAGUUUCUGUUUGAACGAGUGGAGGGCAUCUCCAGGGCCACCAUCAUCGAUCUCGACGCCCAUCAGGGCAACGGGCACGAGCGAGACUUCAUGGGUGACAAGCGCGUGUACAUCAUGGACGUCUACAACCGCCACAUCUACCCUGGAGACCGCUUUGCCAAGCAGGCCAUCAGGCGGAAGGUGGAGCUGGAGUGGGGUGUGGAGGAUGACGAGUACCUGGACAAAGUGGAGAGGAACAUGGAGAAAGCCCUCCAGGAGCACCCGCCCGACGUGGUGGUGUACAACGCUGGCACCGAUGUCCUCGAGGGGGACCGCCUCGGUGGCCUGUCCAUUAGCCCCGGGGGCAUCGUGCGGCGGGAUGAACUGGUGUUCCGAGUGGUCCGAGGCCGCCAGGUGCCCAUCCUCAUGGUGACCUCGGGCGGGUACCAGAAGCGCACGGCCCGCAUCAUCGCCGACUCCAUCCUGAACCUGCACAGCCUGGGGCUCAUCGGGCCGGAGUCGCCCAGCGUCUCUGCGCAGAACUCAGACACGCCGCUGCUGCCCCCGGCAGUGCCCUGACCCCCGCUGCCCUGCUAAGCGUCUCCCUGCCCGUCUGCCCACCUGCCCCUUAGUGCUUUUUGUUUUCUAACCUUGCGGGGCGGUGGAGGCGGCCUCCAGCCAGCACCGAGGGCCAGGCACAGCCAAGAGGCCUUGCGGUGGCAAUCCCUCUGCUCUCCUCACUGGGUGCCAGAGCAGAAAGCAGAGCUCGGGUCCCAGGGAGGACCCCCACGUGGGGUCACGGGGCCGCCUGGGCCCUGGGGAACCAGACAGUUCGCUGAAAAUGGAGGAGGACAGGGUAUGCCCCGGGGAUCUCAGGGAGGGCCCGCAGGGCUUGAGAUGUUUGGUUUGGGAGUGUUAGAUCCUGGCUAGACCCAGGAGGCGUCCAUCUCUGCCACGCCUGGGCCUCUGUCCCUCCUCUCCAGCUUUGUGAUUGCUCCCGUCUCUCCUUGCCUGAGGGCACAAGGAUUUGUGGGUGCAGGCGUGGACCGGCCAAGAGGAGGUGGGCCUCUAGGUGGGCCCUGGGGUUCCCAGGCAGCAGACAGGAGCCCAGGUCUGGAGCUGAGGGCAGUUGGGAACGGGUACAGGUAGGUUCAUCUGGGGUUCCCCCUCCAUAAAGCCAGGGUUGGACCAGCUUUUCCAGAGCCCUCCCAUGGGGAGGAGGCGUGGGGAGGCGUGAGGACUCCCAAACUCCUGCUUUGGCCACGGAUCACCGAUCAGUGUGAGAGGAGGUUUUUAGAGGCAGAAUUCUUAGCUCAGGGACAGGUCUCAGCACUGAAGCCGCCAGGGGCUGCUGGCCUAGGUGUUGGAGGGGAGCGGGGUAGAGGAUAGGAGGGUGGAGUCAUGGCAAGGUGAGGGCCAGCAGGAAGGAAUCUGGGAUGGGACUAGGUGGCCAAGGCGGGUCCUGUAAGGAUUGAGGCACUGACGAGGCCAGGCUGGGCUUCCCGGAGGGAGAGCAGAGAGGUUGUCCAUCCUGGCCUGGAGGUUGUGAAGGUAGAAGGCUGGGGUGGGCCUGCUGGGGCCGCCAUUGGUUCUAUCCAAAGUACCAGGCCCCAUCUUGCUCCGUGACCCAGCUGGGCCUGACCUCUGGCCUUUUCCUCAGCUCCGCUUUGAAGGGGGCAUCUGGGUCUUCUCCGAAGCUGGGCGGGGGUGGUGGCGGGGGUGCGGCCAGUGCCUGUCACCUUGGCCGAAGGCAGGGGUGGGAGAGGACACAGUCAGCUGAGGUAGCCCCACUUACACACUCGUGGUCACUUCCAUCUGGGGUACUCGAGGUCUCCUGUCUCCCUCAGGCGUGUCCGCUGGAGGAGGAAGGGUUCCAGAUCACGGAGUGUCAGAGACGCUGGCCUCCUGGACAAACCCCGUCACUAACGAUGCGCUGGAGUCACCCCUCCCCCCCUGGGCCUCGUUGGCCUUG